ACUUCUUCGUUUCUUCAAACAGAAUCAAAGGACCAUGGGACGACGCCGUUAAACCAAAACCCUCCGGGAGAACAUCGCGACAAAGUCAAAAACCUCACAGACGUUUCCCAUUUUCCAGAGAUCGAAUUGAUGGCGUCUGGGUUUUCCCGAAAGUCUGCUCUUAUAUUACAGUUAUGAUUACAAUAUAAAAAACAAAUUCAAAAUACAAAUAGACGAAAGGCUCCCUUCGUAUCGAUUUUAGCAUCAUGGUUUACAUUGCAUCAUGGGACGAUUUUGUGGAAAAAUCCGUCCAAUUAUUUUCCUCCGAUCCCGAGAAAACUCGUUAUUCUAUGAAAUACAGGCAUUGCGACGGUAAAUUGGUUCUGAAGGUCACCGAUGAUAAAGAGUGUAUCAAAUUUAAGACGGACCAAGCACAGGAUGCAAAGAAAAUGGAGAAGUUCAACAAUAUCUUCUUUACUCUGAUGGCUCGUGGACCUGACGCUGAUAUAUCUGAAGUUGGUGGAAAAGAACAAACAGAGGCACACCCAGCCAAGAAAGGAAGGGGAAGGAAACAAUAGUAUUUCGUCACACCUGGAUAAGUUUCGGGCACCAUCAAAAUAGUCAAGACAAGAAUUCAAUGGAACAUCGGUCUUAAAUCAGUUCAUUCUGGUUGCAAAUGAAUUUUGACUGAUCCCAAUCAUGUUCUCUAGUAAAUCAUAUGUAAACUCAUUGACGCCGACUUCACCUGCUGGGAGGUAAAACUCUCCCCCUCAAUUUACUGUUUAUUUUUCUCACCAAAAACCAUAGGGGUUAACUCCUUAA